AGUAUAGUUCGAGAGAUUUUGAUCAUGGGCAGGACGCUACGGCCUGUAUAAAUGUCUUAGUUUUUCUUUGCUUUCUUGUAUUGUAUAUAUUUCAAUAGGAUUUAUUUAUAUUUAUGUUCUUUAUGUUUUCAUAAAUCUACUUUGUCGUCUCGUGUAUGAAUGUUGGCACCAAGAACGACAUGUCGGCGCGUUGGAGUCGAGUUUUUGGUUGAAACGUUAACCCCAAUUUACUAAUGUCAAAUGUCAUUUUACUGCUGACGGAGUCUGUCAUGAGCGGAGCCAUGGACCCAGACUAUAAAAUGGAAAGGCCGCCCUCCAGUUAUGGUUCAAUGAGGAGUGAGAGUGAAGAGAGCGAGGAUGAGGGUGGAGAAGAUAAAGAGGUUGCCAUGAUAUUACCUGGCUUCAUUCCAAUUGGGGAGACAAGGAUGCAGCUGAUUCGCCCAUCAGAGUCUCCAGAGACGCUCUACACUGUGACCACUCAGCAGCCACCACCAGGAGCUGCUGUCAUUGACACCAGGGAAUACUAUUCAGACAAUUAUGAUGAUGAUGAGGAUAUGGAAGAAAAUUUGAUCGCCACAUCCCCAGAACCACCAGAGCCUGUCGAACCAGAUGACACUACACAGUCUGAUGAGAACUUUCGGCUAGGCAGAAUGCACCCAGAGCAAGACCUGCCCCAUAUAUUCAGGAGUAUCCAGAGUGCUCUUGCAAAUCUCACCGAAGAAGAGCUUUACUUCUUUAAGAUCGGUGUUUUGUCUUUUGAAAAAAGCUUCACCCGGGAAAAUAUGAUGGAAGGAGACUUACUCGAUUUGGUGGACAUGAUGCUGGAGAUCCUUGGCCAGGAUCGUUCCCUGAUGGUCACAAUAAACACUCUAGAAAGUAUCAAGAAGAAAACUUUAGCAGAUGAACUGCAGAAUGAGUGCAGGAGAGCGUGGACACGUUUUCAGCUGAAGGAUGAUUUGAUCAGAAAGCACCAAAUCAUCUUUGAGGGCGUACCUCGAGCCGGAAAGUGCAAACCUCUAGAUGUCGUCUACGUCGAGCCCCAGAUUUCCACCUCCUGUUACGGAGGAGUUGACCAGUCUCAUGAGUUCCACUCGCACCCUCUGCAACCUCUCCAAAUCCCCAGUCCUGAUACCUUUGUUAGUUUGAACAAUUUGUUCCGACUACAGAAGGCUGACGGUACACCAGUGAGGACGGUGCUGACCACUGGGAUUCCAGGAAUUGGAAUGUCCGUUUCUGUGGCGAAAUUCUGCCUGGACUGGGCAAAAAUGCAAGCUAACAGGGAUCUACAGUUUGUCAUCAAACUUUCCUUCCACUCUUUGUGGAAUCUGCGAAACCAAAACCUUCCCUAUUCUAUCAUGGAAGUGAUAAAAUAUUAUCAUCCUGAGUGCAAAGACAUGAGACACCUGGACAAGGAGGACUGUAAAUUUCUCAUCAUUAUGGACUCCUUUGACUGUUACCAAGCUCCUCUGGACUGGGAGAAUUCCCCAGUAAUAAAUGACAAUGACACGCAAGCACCUCUUGACAUCCUGAUUGUAAAUAUCCUCCGGGGAACUGUGCUUCGGGGCGCCCUCAUCUGGAUCCUGGGUAGACGAGCGGCUGUGUCACAAAUCCCAUCUAAUCUAAUCGACAUGGUCACAGAAAUCCAUGGCUUCAGCGAUGAGAUGAAAGAUGACUAUUUUAGCAGACGCUUUAGCAAUGCAGAGCAAGCUACGAAUAUUUUGGAACAUUAUAAGCGCCUGCCAACUCUCUGCAUGCUCGCCCGCCAGCCCUUUGUCUGCUGGAUGAUCGCCACAGUGUUUGAGCGCUGCUACCGUUCAUAUCAGGGCUAUGGGGAGCAUCCCCCCAGGCUGACGCCAUUCUACAUCCACAUUCUGAUUGUCCAAACCAAUCGCAGGCUGAUGUUCUACUACGGAAAGCAAGAAAACAACCUGAAAUGGUCCGAAGAUGACAAACAGCUGCUGGUGAAGAUGGGUCACAUGGCCUUUAAAAUGAUAGAGAGAAAGACCAGUGUGUUCUACGAAGAGGAAGUGAAGGGGUGUGGUCUGAAUUUGACGGAGGUGGCGGUGUUCUCCGGCCUGUGCACAGAGCUUCCUGCUGCAGCUUCAGACACGAGGAGGACAUUCUGCUUUAUACACUUCACCUUUCAGGAGUUCAUGGCUGCCCUGUACGUCUUCAAAGCUUUCCACAUUGAUAAUAAGAACGUUCUGGACUCACACCGGACUUUGCACAUCUUCAAGAACCAUCAGAACAAAUCAGCAGCCCUGCUCCAGUCUGCUCUGGAUCGAACCCUCAGUUCACCUCUUGGUGACUAUGACAUGUUCCUGCGCUUCCUGUGCGGCUUGCUUUCCCCGGCCUGCCACAACAAAUUACUGAGCGGCUUUCUGUUCCCUCACGACACUCCAGCAGUGGCUGGACGGGAAAAGAUGCAGCAGCUGCUAGAAAAGAAAAUACAGACUGCUCCAGCAGACAGGGUGCGAAACUUACAGGAGUGCCUCAGAGAGAUGAAUCAGGAAGACGACUGAGUUAAGGGAAGAUACGAUAUAUAUUAGUGGAGUGGUGGGUCGUGUUGUUGCCUUGCAGCAGGGUGCAUGGUGUUUGCAAGUUCUCUACGUGUGUGUGGGUUUUCUCUGGGUCUCUACAGUCAUGCAGAGGUGAAUUGGAUGUGAGAGUGAAUGGAUGUUUGUGUCUGUGUGUUGACCCUGUGAUGGACUGGCGACCUGUUCAGGGUGAACCCUGCCUUUCGCUCUGUGUCAGCUGCUAUUAGCUCCAGGGACAACCGUCGUGAAGGGGAAAGGGGUAAGGGGUAGUAAAUGAACUUCUUCUCAUCAUAGGCUUAACAGACGCCUGUCUCAUUUUAGUUUUGGUGAAGGUUUCAUACGUCGGGAUUGUUUGCUCUCAUUAAAUUAUGUGUCUGAAAAGCUA